UGUGGUCGACGAGCAGCAGCCUUAAAAACACGUGUUGAGCAGAAAAGCGUGGAGUUCAAAAAAAAAGAAAAAAAAAAAAAAAGAAGGAAACUACGAGGGAGUUGCGUGGGAUCGUAGAGGAAUCGCCUAAUAAAGUCUUCGUCACCCAGGACUAUGCCGUCCUACGCACUCAAUCAGUUUAUUGAUCUGGAUGAUGUCCUGUGCAAGCACCUUUUAAAUCUUGAUCUUCGAGAGCCGAUGAAACCCUCGCACGCAGCUGCUGUUGGAUACAGGAAGCCCGACAGCCCAGUUUCCUCCACCGGCUCAGGACUUUCUAUUGACAGCAUCGAGAGCGGGACCAUGAACUCGAACUGCUGGGGCCCCCAGAAAAUCUCAUCACAGUCAAAGUGGACCAAGAUGUCCUUUUGGUCCGAGCGCUCCGUUAGCAUGGUGGAGGGCAACACUGGAAGCCUGGGUUGGUCUUCUGCAGAAUCCGGGCAUUUAAAGCAAUCCCCGGUCACGUCCGGUGCCGUUUCCCUCUCCGGCUCCACGUCUUCGGUGACCUCGUCGCGCUACAAGACCGAGCUGUGCCGCACAUUCGCCGAAAGAGGCGUGUGCAAGUACGGCGGCAAGUGUCAGUUCGCCCACGGCCCCGAAGAGCUGCGAGACCUCAACCGUCACCCGAAAUACAAGACCGAGCCCUGCCGCACUUUCCACUCCAUUGGCUUCUGCCCCUACGGCAUCCGUUGCCAUUUCGUGCACAACGCCGAAGACGAUCAGGUUCAAUCCCGACCCCAGACCUCCAACCCCGCCGUCCAAAGGCCUCCACUCCUGAAGCAGAGCUUCAGCUUCUCCGGGUUCCCGACAACACCCCAACUUGUAGAAGCCCCUCUAGCGCCCUCAGCGUUUCUACGAGCGCCUUCGGUUUCGACGCCGACGUCUACCGCCAUGUCCGAUCUUCUCUCCCUGGCCUUUCCCGAUAUAGACCCAAACGCCCUUCUGGACCAGGCCCGAGAGCUGCAGCCUCAAUUCCUGCCCUCUCCCGACUCUGGCUACUCUCACUCGGGACUGACGCCCACUUUAUCACCCACCCAGCUCGCCCUCCCACCCGAGGCCUGCCUUCGACAGAGUCCCACCGGAGGGGCUUCCCUAGGCGUCCGAAGCCUAUCCCGCACCUCUCUCUCAGACCACGAGGGUGGCAGCUGCAGUUCUUCCUGCAGCAUGAGCGGCUCUGAGUCGUCGUUCGGACCAGAAGCCAGCGGGCGCAGGCUUCCCAUCUUCAGCCAGCUUUCGGUGCCCGACGACGGCGUCUACAACGAAGGCAGCAACUCCGGCACAAGCUUCUUCCUGUAGACUGUCGCUCCUCUCGGGGAAUGAACUGUAUACUGUGGUAUACCUACUGUAUUAUACGGCCGAUACUUGACAUUUUAGUUGAGCUCAGAGUGAAACAUGCUGUUUGAAGGUACUGAAUGUUGAAAUGAUUCUUUAAGUGGGGUUUCAUGUGCUUUUUAGGUGGAGCCAUUCUCCAUGUUUUAUUUUCUGAUGACCGAAAAGACAAGUUGGGGGGGAUUGACUUGAAAAGUUCUGGCAUCGGUGUUGUUUGGUAACACGUGAAGCUGUUAACUUUUAAGAUGCAUUUAGCAAUCAGCUAUUUACAGAAUUAUUGUACCGAAAUAGCCAAAGAGAGGUUAUGACAAGGUCUUUUUCAAUAUUUGAGAGAUUUAUUGUACUUGUUCUAACUAAAGACCAAUUUUUUUUCCCUCCCCCACAGUUUGUAUACUGCCACUGUAAACCGACUGUUUCUGAUGUUAGAAUUGAAUUUGUGUUAGUCUACAAUAUCAUUCUUCCAGCUCCUUUUUUUUUUUUUUUUUUUUGAGAUCAGCGUUUGGUUCGUUCCCAGACCUUUUGCUUUAAGUUUCAGAGGAUCCGUACGCAGGCCUCUGGAAGUGCACAGUUGGAGCUUUACUUGGAAUGAGUUGCCUGUGUCAUAGUUUUUGGUUGUGUAGCUGUUAUUGUGAGUUUAGGCAAAUCAAUUUAUUACUGUAUGAGCCUUUAGUGGCCUUGUGUUUGGUUUUUUUUUUUUUUUUUUUU